ACCGGGAUGGACUGGGAAGAGAAAGCGGGCACAUCUCCCGCAAGCAGCCUGCUCCUUCCCCCAUUUGCGCUGUAAUCCAGUUCCACCAUGUGCAGACAGAUAAGGAGACGCAACUCGUCUCCAGGCCUGGGCGGGGUUCUCGCCGUUUAAUCUUUUCUUUUCUCUUCCCUUUGCCGCUCUCCUCCCUCCCCCCGUUCCGUCUCCCAGGCCCGGUGAGGUCAGCUCAUGAAUAUUGCUUCAUUUUCCUGAGAGGCUCUAGCAGCGCCGGGUGCCCCGGGUGCGGUGCCCGCCUCUCCGUGCACGCGUUUCACCAGCCGGGCAGCGGACAGAGCGACGCCGGCAGCGCGGAGGACGCCUCGAGGGAUGGCCACCUUCCGUCGAUAGCCGCCGCCAUGAGCCAACCGCCCGCAGGGGGCGCCGCCGCCGAGCCUCGCCUCCAUCCCGAGGGCAGCAGCGGCAGGAAGCAGCAGCGAGCCUCCUCCCCGGCCAGAGCCCGCGACGCCGCCGCGCGGCCGCCGCCCCCCGCAGCCGCCGCCGCCGCCACCUCCCGCGCCCCGCCCGCCGCCGCCGCCUCCGCCCUGAAGACCGGGGCCGCGCGGCCGCCGCCGGGCCAGUCCGCCAGGGCCGCUCGCGGCCGCGCCGCCGAGAAACAGCCGCGGAGUGCGGCGUCGCCGGGAGCUGUCCAUCCCGGCGCCGGUGCUGAAGCGCCGCUCGCCGCCGGCGGGAGGGCCGCGGCCGAAGAGCCCGCCGAGGAGGCGCCCCCUGCGGGAAGCGGCGCGGGGGAGCGCGAGGGGGCGGUGGCGCCGCCGCCCAGGCAGUGGCGGGGGAAAGCGGGGCGGGCUCCGCCGAAGGGCGCGGGGGAGGCGGCCCCCGCGCCUCCAUCUUCCGCGGUCGCGGGGAAGGGCCGCGGGGCGACGGGCGGCGGCGGCGGCGGGUACUGGAAGGAGGGAUGCCUGCAGAGUGAGCUCAUCCAGUUCCACCUCAGGAAGGGGCUGGCGGCGGCCGCUCAGAUGCAAACCAAGGGCAACAACCACAGCGCCGGUGCUGCUGCCGCCGCCGUCGCCUCCUCCGCGGCCGCCGCCUCGGCCGAGCCUCCCUCGGCAGCCCCCGCCUCCUCGCCCUCUGCCAUGGCGGCGGCCGGGGCCGAGGGGCUGCGGCAGGGCGAGGCGAGCUGCAGGAGCGGCACACCCGAGGGUUCACUGAGCCCGCAGCCGCAGGACGAGAUGCAGGAGGAGAUGGAGAAGCUACGGGAGGAGAACGAGAGCCUCAAGAACGAGAUAGAUGAGCUGAGGACUGAGAUGGAUGAAAUGAGGGACAGCUUCUUCGAGGAGGACGCUUGUCAGCUUCAAGAAAUGCGCCACGAGCUGGAGAGAGCCAACAAGAACUGCCGGAUCCUCCAGUACCGGCUGCGCAAGGCCGAGCGCAAGAGGCUCCGCUAUGCGCAGACUGGUGAGAUCGACGGUGAGCUGCUGCGCAGCAUGGAGCAGGACCUCAAGGUUGCAAAAGAUGUAUCAGUGAGACUUCAUCAUGAGUUAGAGAAUGUGGAAGAAAAGCGUACUGUAACAGAAGAUGAAAACGAAAAAUUAAGACAGCAGCUUAUAGAAGUUGAAACUGCAAAACAGGCACUGCAGAAUGAACUGGAAAAAAUGAAAGAGCAGUCAUUGAAAAGAAGAGGGAGCAAAGACCUACAAAAAUCAGAAAAAAAGUCACAGCAAACACCAACAGAGGAGGACAACGAAGACUUGAAAUGCCAGCUGCAGUUUGUCAAAGAAGAAGCAGCUUUGAUGAGGAAGAAAAUGGCUAAGAUCGAUAAGGAGAAGGACAGAUUUGAACAUGAGCUUCAAAAAUAUAGAUCAUUUUAUGGUGAUUUGGACAGCCCUUUGCCAAAAGGUGAAGCAGGCGGUCCACCUACCACGAGGGAAGCUGAACUCAAGCUUCGGUUGAGACUAGUGGAAGAGGAAGCUAACAUUCUUGGGAGAAAAAUAGUGGAGCUAGAAGUAGAAAAUAGAGGAUUAAAAGCAGAGCUAGAUGACUUAAGAGGAGAUGAUUUCUCAGGGGCCACUAAUCCACUCCUGGGAGAACAGAGUGAAUCCUUGUCAGAAUUAAGACAGCAUUUGCAGCUAGUAGAAGAUGAGACAGAAUUGCUGAGGAGAAAUGUAGCUGACUUGGAAGAACAAAACAAACGCAUAACAGCUGAGCUGAACAAAUACAAAUACAAGUCCGGAGCCCACGAGAGCUCUAGGCACCACGAUAAUGCCAAGACUGAAGCACUGCAGGAGGAGCUAAAAGCUGCACGAAUGCAGAUCAAUGAGCUGAGUGGCAAAGUCAUGCAACUCCAGUAUGAGAAUAGAGUGCUUAUGUCCAACAUGCAACGCUAUGAUUUAGCCUCUCAUCUUGGGAUCCGUGGCAGCCCCAGAGAUAGUGAUGCAGAAAGUGAUGCAGGAAAAAAGGAGAGCGAUGAUGAUUCCCGUCCCCCUCACCGCAAAAGGGAAGGGCCCAUUGGCGGGGAAAGUGACUCAGAAGAGGUGAGAAAUAUCCGGUGCCUGACACCCACGAGAUCUUUUUAUCCAACACCAUCUGGGUGGCAGAAAAGCUUCACUGACAGGCAGCAGAUGAAGGACAUUCGCUGUGAAGCUGAGCGACUGGGCAAGACAAUAGAUCGCUUGAUUUCCGACACAAGCACCAUCAUAACAGAGGCAAGAAUUUAUGUAGCUAAUGGGGACCUGUUUGGACUGAUGGAUGAGGAAGACGAUGGCAGCAGGAUACGCGAGCAUGAGCUUCUUUACAGGAUCAACGCACAGAUGAAGGCGUUCAGGAAAGAGCUCCAGACUUUCAUCGACAGACUCGAAGUUCCAAAGUCUUCGGAUGAUCGGAGUGCGGACGAACCUUUGUCAGUGAGUCAGAUGUUCCAGCCUAUCAUUUUACUUAUUCUCAUCCUUGUAUUAUUUUCAUCCCUUUCAUACACAACAAUAUUUAAACUUGUCUUCCUUUUUACACUGUUUUUUGUACUGUAACCCAUUCAUCUUUUACUGUUCAUUGUAGUAUUAUUUUCAGUUUGUUUAUUUUGUCCACCCUCCAAGAUAAGACGUGCAAGAGACAUAAUUUCUGUAAUAGCCACUGCUAUAAAAACACUGAAGACUACUUG